GCCAGGCCCUGGCGGUUCCGCGCAGUGUUUGGCGUAGGGCGCAGGGAGAGGAGGAGGGCUCUGGGAACUGCGGGGAGCUCGCGUGGCUCCCGUGCUGCUGUGGCAGCUCUGUGUGGUGUUGGAGCCUUUUCUGAGAGUCUUGAGUGCGGCAAAGUUUGACAGUACUUACUUAACCCCUGGUGCUGGGUAUAUUUGACUGAUGUUGCUGUUCCCUGGUUUUCUCUUGUCUUUUACCUUUUCCUCCCCCCUUUUCAUUGUUUUUUCCUUUCUUCUGGCAAUCAGGCCAGUUCAGAGGAGGGUUGCCAAGCUGAUGAGGGGGCUGGAGCACCUCUCCUAUGAGGAAAGGCUGAAAGAAUUGGGAUUGUUCAGCCUAGGGAAGACUUUGGGGUGAUUUAAUUGUAGUCUCCUAGUACUUGAAGAAAGUCUACAAGUAAGAUGGUGAGAGACUUCUUACAAGGAUAUGUAGGUUGAGGACAAGAGGGAAUGCCUUCAAGAUGAAAGUGAGUAGGUUUAGGUUAUAUAUCAGGAAGAAUUUUUUUACGGUAGGAGUGGUGAGGCACUGGCACAGGCUGCCCAGAGAAGCUGUGUGUGCCCCAUCCCUGGAAGCGUUGCAGGGCGGGUUAGAUGGAGCCCUGACCAACCUGAUCUAGUAGAAGGUAUCCCUGCCUGUGAUAGAGGGCUUGGAACUGGAUGACCUUAAAGGUCACUUCCAACCCAAACUAUUCUCCAAAAUAUGAAACAAGUGUGCUUCAUCCACAUUGCUUUUAAAAUAAAUUUCAGUUUAGAGCAUAAAUCUUUUCUACUGUAAUGUAGGUGGAAAUUUACCACCUCAUCUUAGUUGCCCUUUCAGGCAGCUUAUGAAGAAGGUUGGGCACUAAGUUGCAUUUGCUAGUUUAUCAGUAUGUACAAUACAACCAGGGGAUCAGGUCACAGCAUGGGUUUAGGAAAGGCUAACUAAACUUCUUGACUAACCUGAUCUCCUUUUUGACCAGGUGACCUGCCCAUCGGAUGAGGAAAAGGCUGUGGAUGUGUCUACAUGGACUUCAGUUAAGCCUUUGGUGCUAUGUCCCACAGCAUUCUCCUGGAGAAGCUGGCAGCCCAUGGCUCACCCAAAAGAACAGGAAGUUCAAGGGAGACCUUGUUGCCCUCUACAGCUAUGUGAAAUAAGGUUGUUGUGUGGUGGGGGUUGGCCUCUUCUCCAGGCAAGUAUCAGCAGGAUGAGAGGAAAUGGCCUCAUGCUGUGCCAGGGAAGGUUCAGGCUGCAUAUUAGGAAGAAUUUUUUUCAGGAAGGUUAGUUAAGCAGUGGAAUGAGCUGUCCAGGGAGGUGGUACAGUCACCACUCUUGGAGGCAUUCAGGAAACAACUGGACAUGGCACUUACUCCUACAGUUGAUGUGGUGGUAAUUGGUCAAAGAUUGGGAUUGAUGAUCUUGGAGGUCUUUUCCAACCCUAAUGAUUUCAUGAUUCUAUGAUUAGGGCUGUGUGUAAUUUGCAAUUAUAAAGUAAGUCUUGUUUUGUCCGCUAUGGUAAUAUAUAUGUUUAUAUCUUAUUACCUGACAUGCUGUUAUAAAAGCUCUACCUGCCUUUUUUUUUUGCCUUUUUUUUUUUUUUUUAAUUAACUGGAGUAGAGGCGUAGCAAGGUGAGUAGAGGCAAUGCAAGGUGACUAUGGGAUAGUUUUUGUUGUAAGGCUGCAGAUAUUUGCUAGACUAGCUUGAUAGGUGCAGCCAGCCAACUCAAUUCCUUGAACUCCCCCCUCCAAAACAAUGCAGUUCCAGGAAUCUUGGCUGUGAUAUUCACUGUGUUUGCCUGUGCUCCCAGAGUGGACAAGUUGGUAGAAACGACUGAUCAGCACAGCACCUGUUGGCUAGCUUAAGGGAGCACUUUUCCUUUCCAGUGGCGGGGGCUGGAGUGCAAAAGGCUCUCUGUAACACUGUUUGUUGUGUCUGUCUCACUUCAAAGCUGUACAAGCAAGGUCUGAAAGCAUGCCCUGAAGAGCUGAAGUAUUUCUGCAGAGAGAGAUGAUGAAAGAUGGAAUUAUGUGAUGAGUAAAGAGGUCUACAGUGGUUAUGGCUGGAGGAAAAGAAAUGCAGGAUCCCCUUGAAAUUGCUGUCAUGAAAGUGCUGUUUGGCAUAGUUGAUCCUUGUGUGGAGGUGGUGCGUGGGAUUUGUUCAGGAGAUAAAGCCUCAAGUCUAUGCUGAGAUGCUGCACAGUGUGUUGUGGUGCUCGGGACGGUGGAUCUCCCAGAGAGAAGAGCUUCUUGCUGACCUCUCAGUGGUAGGCAGAGGCAGUGACCCAGAUGGACAGAGCAGGAAGGCGCUUAGAGCCAUGGAAGAUCGCAGUCAUUGUUGUGGCAGUGAUAGUAGGCUUAGCCCUCAUCAUUGGCUUGAUUACAUUUCUUUUGUGCCACGAUCAAGACAGAUAUUACAAUGCAUCUUUCCUAAUCACCAAUGUCAAGUAUAAUCCUCAGCAUGAAAAGCAAACUACAGAUGAAUUCAGGAACCUAAGUGAAGAUAUUGAAACCGUGAUAUCUGAAGUAUUCAGGGGGUCCUUUCUAAGUAAAAGAUACAUCAAGUCCCACGUGGUCAGUCUAAGCCCAGAUCCUGUUGGAGUGAUUGCAUCUGUUGUUCUGGUAUUUAAAUUUCCCUCUGCUGACAGUGAAGCAACGACCUGGGGUCAAGUCAACCGUGUGUUACUCAGAAGGCUGAAAGCAACCUCGAUGGACCUGAAUGUUGACCAGUCUUCCAUUAGACUCACAGAGUUGAACAAGGAAAAGGGAGAUAACCUUUUAAACAACUGCUGUGGAAUACGAAGACAGGCAUUCUCCUUCACAGGAGUAGAAAGAAUAACUGAUGGGCAGCGUGCACGGGAGGGAGAAUGGCCGUGGCAGGCGAGCAUUCAGCUCGAUGGGACCCAUCGCUGUGGGGCAUCAAUCAUCAGUAACACCUGGCUGGUGACUGCAGCCCACUGCUUUAAAGGAGUAAGAGAUCCUCGGAGGUGGACUGCCAGCUUUGGAAUUCUGCUGAGACCUCCAAAACAGAAAAAAUUUGUCCGGAGAAUUAUUGUUCAUGAGGGAUACGGUGAAGUUCUCCUUGAUCAUGAAUAUGACGUGGCUGUUGUGGAACUCGCCUCUCCUAUUGAGUUCACGAGUGACGUGCACAGUGUCUGCCUUCCCGAAGCAUCUCACGUUUUCCGAGACAACACUUCCUGUUUUGUCACUGGCUGGGGAGCUUUGGAGAAUGAUGGCUAUAGUGUUAAUCAGCUUCGACAAGCAGAAGUGAGAAUUAUAAAUACUGAGGUUUGUAAUACGAAACAAGUGUACAGUGGAGCUAUAACAGCUGGAAUGUUGUGUGCUGGAUACUUGGAGGGGCAGGUGGAUGCUUGCCAGGGUGACUCCGGUGGGCCCCUGGUACAAGCAAAUUCCAGAGGAAUCUGGUAUCUUGUGGGAAUAGUGAGCUGGGGAGAUGAUUGUGGCAAGCGAAAUAAACCAGGAGUAUACACACGAGUGACUUACUAUCGAAACUGGAUCCGCUCCAAAACGGGCAUCUGAAACCUGGAGCAGGUUAAGUUUUGUGGGCUGUGUACAGCUAUUCCUCUGACACAUUCUGCUCUGUGGUCACUCUCUAAGCAGCUGCUGGCUUAGCUUGUGGUCAUGUAUAAAGUACCUGUAAGCUUGGAGAAGUCUAGGACUUAAAAUUGGUUUGGCCUACAGACAGACAGGAACGGACUUGAUCCAUGUGACAUUUGUUUGUUCAGGAAGUAGUCUGUCAGAGGGACAACUGCCUUCAUCUAUAUGCAAUAUAUUGACCCUUUUUUCUUCAUGGCCACAUGCCUUGGCUCCAGCUUUUAUACCCAAGCAAAGUGUUUGAGCCCAAACAAUCAUCUACCAGCAUCCAAGACAAGCUAUAACUGAAACCUGGCCCAUCCAUUUGCUGUGUGCUCACAAGGCCCCAUCUAUCCAUAGAAAAGAGACAAUCCAGGCCCUGACUCCAAGGCUGCUGUACUUCUGAGAGCUUUCUCCUGCAUCAUUCCAGGGAGUGCCCUAUAAUGAAGAAUGGAAAAUGGCUUAGAGAAGUCCUGGUUCCUAAUAUCACAUUGGACUAUUAAUUAAGUGAAUGGAGAACUUUUUCUUGCCUGAGAAGGAAAUUAGUGGAAAACACCAGCUUGUGUCCACCUUCAUUGAACAAGUGAACGUAUGCCUACUCAUCGCUUCAUAUAACAGUCUCUACCACAGCAUUUGCCAGGGGAGGGAUUACUGGACUUAAGACCAAAAACCACUUUAUGUUCAUACCAAUUUGUUGUCAUAGCACAAUAUUUGGCUGAAUUAAUUUCCAUUUUUAUCUUUCCAGACUGUAUUUUUCUCAAUAAAAGUCCUUUGCCUUUUGUGCA